AGUUAGUUAGUUCGCUUGUUGGCCAGUUGACUUUUCGGGCUGCCAUGGCGAAGGUGGCAUUGCCAUAGUUCCGUUUGUUCCAUUUAUCGAAUAGCAGCGGAAAUGUCGAAACACUCGACCAGUCCAGAAUUCUGCUGCGUGGCGUUAACUGCCACAGAAUUGAUUUUGCCUUCGAGACAAAUGUAACCACCACAAACAAUUUGGCAAAGGAAUUGGCAACAAAAUUCAAUUUUGGAAUAUCCAAAAGUGUACAAAAUUAUCCGUGACAAUGAUGCGACUACCGGGAAUGCCCAUGCUGCCAGGUGCACAAUUCUACGAUCGUGGAAAGCGUCGCCAUCCGCGGCAACAGACACUGAUGCACUACCAGGGCAUCCAGAUGCUAUCCGACCGCCGGGAACCGGAACUGGUGGAGCCCAAUGGCAUUGUGGCCGACCCGAAGUGUCCGCCCGUGCCCGCCCAGAUCAACAGCCUGUGGGCCCCGAAGGCCACCACCAAGCUGCCACCCUGGCUGGCCUACGACAAGCAGGUGCUCUGCUUCAGCGCCUACUUCAAGGAGAACCUGACCGAGAUCUACCACGCCCCCUACCAGGUGCGCAAGGUGAAGAUCUACUUUUACCUGGAGGACGGCACCAUGCAGGUCACCGAGCCGAAGGUGGAGAACUCCGGCAUUCCGCAGGGUUGCCUGGUCCACCGCCAGCGAAUCCCGAAAGCACCACCCACCGACCGCGAGUUCAUCUCCAUCUUCGACCUAAAUGUGGACACUGACAUCCAGAUCUUUGAUCGGGUCUACCACAUCAGCGGGUGUGAUGUGUUCACGCGACAGUUCCUAAACAGAGCUGGCAUCUUUGUGCCCGAGGCCCAGCAGGAGCCAUGUGAUCCAACAACGGAAAUCAGAAAACGUUCCGGUUUAAAGCAGACAGCUAACUCCUGUUCCUCGGCUCUGCCCAAAAAGCAUUCGUUCGCCCAGUUUUUGGAGUUCGACAGACGAGUGCUUAAAUUUCAGGGGUAUUGGAAUGACCGCAGCGAGUUUGGCGAUGUGCGGAAGCUAGAGAUUUGCUAUUAUCUCGCCGAUGACACUAUUGACAUAAAGGAGAAGUUCCCACGGAAUUCUGGGCGUGAAGGACCCAGCACUUUCCUGAAACGCGGCAAGCUUCCAAAGGAAUUUUCGGGACUCCCACUGCCCGGUCAACAGACCGCCUUGACACUGCUCAAUGUGCUGGGCAACAGUAUGCGUGAUGUGCGUUACGUAGCCGACCCGUUGAACACGGGCCAGAAGCAGGUGCUGUACUACACUGACCAGGAUCUGCAGAUAGGUGCCGUUUUAAAUGUCUUUGGACGGGCCGUCGUCCUCACAGGCUGCGAUCAGUUCACACAGAGUUACUAUAGAGAAAAGUACGGAAUCCAGGAGUUUUGCUCUCAACCGGUUCCAGAGCGUAGUGAUAUUCGACCGUACACUCAAGGAGGCAUGGGAUCGCGUCGCCUUCCACCUUAUAAUGGUUGGGGAAGCCACGAGGAUUCCGAGGGCAACUGCAUCACAGUUGAACCCAAGCCACCGCAAGCCGACUUCAAGAAGCUCUUCAAAUACGAUGGGUGUAUCCUGCGCUUCGGAGCCAAACUCAUCUCUGCCAUUCGAGACAAUGGAGAACGAGAUUUUGUCAUCAGCUACUUCCUGGCCGAUGAUACUGUGCAGAUCUAUGAGUCAUCACGUAGGAACUCGGGCUUCCUGGGCGGCGAGUUCCUUAAAAAGGCGCGUGUUCCGCUGCCGGGUCAGGAUAUGUUCAGUUCCUCGCGACCUGAGUACUAUAGAGCCAAUGACUUCUACAUAGGACGCACCAUGACUCUAAAGGAUCACAUCUUUCACAUUGUUUCGGCUGAUGAGUUUACGCUAAUGUACAUGGAGCAGCAUCCAAGCGAGUUCCCAGUAGCCGAUAUACGGCUUAUAAUGCAGAAGAUCCGCGAUGCAGUGCGACCGGAUUACAAGCAGUUUGUGUUGUGCUGCAAGUCGGAUGGAGACCUCGGGGACUUCACCACCGUGGGCUUUGACACACUGCGCUCCACUCUCCUGUCUUACCUGUCCAAGGAGUGCCUGCUCAACCACGAAAUAGUGACCGUGUGUCGCUACUUCUCGGCUGAGCAGGCAAUGCCCCCCAGUUGCGACAGAAAUCGAGUGCGGGCUGCCGCCCAAUUGGAGCUGAAGCGAGCUUUGUGGAACGGCGUGGAACAGCUUAACGAUCACCUGAGCCACAUCAAUCCGGCCUGCAGACCGUACAUCAGCGAGUCUCAGGUGAGAUCCACUUUGCGAGGCUGCCGGUUGCCUUUCAGUCUGGAACUUGUGGAGGACAUCCUAAUGGUGUUGCAGCGCAACGGCCAAAAUGAAAUCGAGGUGCGAGACUUCUUGGCCUUCUUCAACAUGCGAAGCGACCAGGUGCCCGACAUUGCUCCUCUCAACAUCGCUUUCGAGCUGUGCCCCAAACUGCCGUUCCUGCACAAAGGCCGACUUGUUGACUUCACCUGGUUCCUGGACUACCUCGGCCUAGAGGAAGAAUUAAAGCGCGCCAACAGUUAAGAAGUAAAGCGAGGCGUAUCAAAAAUUGCAUGUAUAUACAGAAAAAUUCGUGGCAAUAUAACUUUCGGAAUGGUGAACUUUGUGCUUAAGACCUAGGCGAAGAGUGUAAUCCUACA